AUGCCAUCUCCACAGUUCCACAAAAUCUUAGGAGUAGCUUUUUUCCUGCUUCCAUGCUGUGCUCAAGGUAAACCAACAGGAAUUUUUCCACUGUUUGGUUUCAAGCACUUGCCUGAAGAUGGAAUAGAUGAAGGAUUUAUACCAGGUUUCGUGCCACUGGUUGAUAAUGAAAUGGAAGACGCUAUCCGUCAACUAGAACAUCAGAUUUCCAGGCUGGAAGGAGUCCUCAAAUUGGAAAAGAAGAUAACAGCAUCUGGAGGAAAAAUAUUUGCUACCAGUGGGAAAAAGGCUGAUUUUGAUACUGCACUGAAAGAAUGCAAAGAGGCUGGAGGGUCUAUUGCCACUCCAAGGAACCCGGGAGAGAAUGAUGCCAUUCUGUACUUCGUGAAAAGUUUUAAUACCUAUGCUUACCUGGGGAUAAAGGAAUCCCUAAUUCCAAGCAAAUUCCAGUUCCUGGAUGGCACACAACUGGGCUAUACUAACUGGCAUUUAAAUGAACCUUCUGGCAAAGGAAAAGAGGAAUGCGUGGAGAUGUAUACUGAUGGCACUUGGAAUGACAAAAAAUGUAACCAGAAUCGCCUUAUUGUCUGUCAGUUUUAG